AUGACGAAACAGAACAACGGAACCACCAACACUAAUUCGAAUACUACUACAAUUACUACUACUACUACUACUACUACUACUACUACUACUACUACUACUACUACUACUACUACUACUACUACCACUACUACUACUACCACCACCACCAGUUCUAACACUACUUCUUCAACUUUUACUAUCACUUCUCUAAAACAACACCACCACAAUGAUACAUCGGUCAACUGCAGGCGAAUUAGCCACUGUACACCAUCAAUCAUCUACACAAACACACAAACACAAAUGUGA